AAUAUUUUUAUAGUUGAAUUCAUUGUUCCAUCAGCUGCAGCUGAUACGGAACCUAAGAAACGUACCUUAUAUAUAGAUACAUAUAACGAUACUGAUUAUAGUAUUGCAAAAAAUGGGUUCAAAUAAUUUUCUAAUUAUUCUAUUCGUUAUUUUUUUUAUGAACAUGAUUACUGUAGGUAAAGGUCAAAGUCCACCUCCUACAGCUCCUGGUGGACCUGGUGGACCUGACGAUGAGGAAAAAGAUAAACCACAAACAGUUUGGGAAUUUAUAUAUACGGACUGGAAGGAACAUCUUGAUUCUAAUAUGGUGGAUUUGCCGGAUUUAUAUAAGCUUUUUAUAGAAGGUUGGAUGCCAGAAGAACCGAAAGAUGAACAGAAAAAGAGAUCUUUGCAAAAAACAAUCGAUUACGAAUUGAAAGGGGGGAAUAUGAAAGAUUUAGAGAGUUUUAGAAAUUGGAUUAAUGACUUCAUUGAAAUGAGAAAAUACACAAGAUUCAUUGAAAAUAAUCACCUGGAAAGUGAAAGAUCAUCUGAGAGAAACGACUUGAAAGCAAUCGAAGCACAUAAUAAUAUUGAACUACCAAAUAAUAAUAUAUCUGUGAAUGACGGAGGAAUGAAAAUGGAUGGGGACGAAGAAAUGCAAAACCAAAAAGAGUUAAUCGAUCGAAAAAAAAGAAUAUCCAAUAACUCCGUGGAUAAGACGCAAAGAAUACUCGAAGAAAAAAAGAUUUCUGAUGAAAAAGAAACACGUGAAGAAGGAAAAAAUACAAAGGAAAAAGAAAUUAAUCCACACAAGACAAUGGAAGAAGCACCCAACGAUAUGCUCAUUCUAAAUUCUAAAAAAAUUAUUUCCACACAACAAUCAUUUCAAAAAGAAAAAAAUGAAUUACAAGGAUUGAAACAAUAUAGCAUAUAUUCACCUAAAAAUUCUUUACAAGACCGAAAAAUAUACCAUGCCAAAAGGUCCAUUGUUGAAGAAGUAGAAACUCCAACAUAUUGCAAAUUCUUUGGCAAGUGCAUUCUGGCUAGCUGCGACUGUAGUAAUCUGAAGCAAAUCUUUUAGUAGCAGCUUUUAGAUUUUGAUAACAUAGAUUUUUGAUAUUUCGAUGACAAUAGAUUGUUGUUAAUCAUACUCCGAAAUCAUAGAUAUCAAUAUAUUGAUCAAUAAUAAAAACGUUAUUCUUUAA